AGCCCCCUGAAAGCAAAUGAGUUUGAUUUAUUUGGCUGUAAAAACACCCGGAACCGCACCGAGGACGCGGUGACGCCCGUCCGCUGCCGCCUGCGUGUUUCUCCGUGAUGCUGCUCGGUUUGCACGCUGUUGUUUGUUUUUGAGAAAGUCUGCCGCUCUUUGAGUUUUGUGCCCUGCAGACUUCCUACCGCUGGAUAAUUUUACUGCUGCUCGCCUCUUGUGGCCCGAGAACUCGGGAGACGGGAAGGAGAAAACCAAGUGACUUGGAUCGGCCCCCUGUCCCGUCAAGCUGCAGCAUCGGGGGAAACCGAACCACUGGCCUGAGCUAGGUGGAGCAGUGACCGCCUGUAGCAUGAUGUCCUACCUCAAACAGCCCCCCUACGGCGUCAACGGCCUGGGGCUCAGCGGCGCUGCCAUGGACCUGCUGCACCCUUCAGUGGGCUAUCCAGCGACGCCCCGGAAGCAGCGGCGGGAGCGGACAACCUUCACACGCUCUCAGCUCGACGUCCUGGAGGCUCUGUUCGCCAAAACCCGGUACCCGGACAUUUUCAUGCGGGAGGAGGUGGCGCUGAAAAUCAACCUGCCGGAGUCCAGAGUCCAGGUGUGGUUCAAGAACCGGAGGGCCAAGUGUCGCCAGCAGCAGCAGAGCGGCAGCAGUGCCAAAGCCAGGCCGCCCAAGAAGAAGUCUUCUCCGGCGCGGGAGAGCACCGGCUCCGAGAGCAGCGGCCAGUUCACGCCUCCUGCCGUCUCCAGCACGGGCUCUUCCUCGUCUUCAUCCUCCUCCACCAAUCACACGGGCCCGGUGGCGCUCAGCAGCACCUCUACCUCCAUCAGCACAGUCUCCUCCAUCUGGAGCCCCGCCAUCUCCCCCGGAAAUGCUCCUCCUCCCGCCGUGGCCCCGCUCCCUGAGCCCGGACCCCCUUCCAACGCCUCUUGUAUGCAGCGUUCAAUGUCAGGCUCCGCCGCCGCCGCCACCUCCUACCCCAUGUCCUACAACCAGACGCCGGGCUACGGCCAGGGCUACCCCACCCCAUCCAGCUCUUACUUCAGCGGCGUGGACUGCGGCUCCUACCUGGCCCCCAUGCACUCCCACCACCACCCCCACCAGCUCAGCCCCAUGACGGCCUCCUCCAUGUCAGGCCACCCGCACCACCACAUCAGCCAGUCGUCGGGCCACCACCACCAUCACCACCACCACCAGGCCUACGGCGGCUCCAGCCUGGCCUUCAACUCCUCCGACUGCCUGGAUUACAAAGAGCAGACUGCAGCCUCCUCGUGGAAGCUCAACUUUAACACCACAGACUGCUUGGACUACAAGGACCAGGCCUCCUGGAGGUUCCAAGUCUUGUGA